UGUUGUAACAGGUACAACAGCUCACGCAGACGCUACCAAGGCUUUGUACGAGGAAAAGCCAGAGUGGACAGAAGAGGAGGUGAAGGCGAAGAUUGCCAACAGUAUGCUCGGUAACAACAUCACAGAUUUAUUCAAGAGAUACAACGCGACUUGGUCAGGCCUCGCCUCCAUGAUCUCAGACAUCCGUACUAUUUGUCCUCUACUCAAUCUCGCUAGGCAGAUCCCUUCGACGCCCUUCUACGUUGUCACUGAGCCCCGUGGCGAUUUACAAGUAGCAGACGUCAAUUUUGAUGUUGAUGCGAUCCUUGAGCACUACACUCCCAAGACUUCUGAACAACGCAGAUAUUUUGCAGCCAUACAACAGAUAUUUUACCGAUUUGUGUCUCUCGGCAAAUUCGACCAGCACCCUUCUGAUGCCUCCAACAACAAGAUCCUGCUGAUCGGUCAGGAUGCCCUCACACACGCCGAUUACCCCAACUGUGAUCUAUGGAUCGCAAAUGACUACGUGCCUCGGUACGCUAGAAUUGAUUAGAAAACCAAAAGAGCCGUGUACGCUUCUGCUUUUGUAAAUAUGUGAGAAAAUUUUCAUACAGUAAAAUUAUUAUAUCUUGGCAGCUUCAGUUAGUUUUUCAGAGGACCUUUUAUGACGAUGUUG